AUGGUGAGGGACGACCUGUACAUCGCGGUGCCUAGUUUCUUCCGGUGCCCAAUUUCGCUCGAAGUCAUGAAAUCCCCUGUGAGCCUCUGCACCGGCGUCACCUACGAUCGCACCAGCAUCCAGCGCUGGCUCGACGACGGCAACAACACGUGUCCCGCCACCAUGCAAGUCCUCCACACCAAAGACUUUGUCCCCAAUCGCACCUUGCACCGCCUCAUCCAGAUCUGGUCCGACUCGCUCCGCCCCCACCGGGUCGACUCAGUCGACAGCGACUCGCCUUCUUCCCCUUCCAAGUUACCGGCUAGGGACCAGGUCAGCGACCUAAUCCAGUGCAUGGACUCCGAGCCCUCCUCGCUUGACUCGCUGUCGAAGAUCGCUCGCUUCGCGCGAGAGUCCGACGAGAACCGGAAAUUUCUCGCGAGCAGCGACGGGUUCAUGUCGCUGCUCGUCGACUUUAUCGGCGGCGGUGACAAUGCCGUGGACGGCCCUCAAAUCGGCGUCCUGGAGCAAGCAGUGACGAUCAUCCAUUUGUUGCUGGACGACGAAAUCCAAGGGCGCGAGGAGCUGAUGAGAUGGAUGUUAAAGAAGACCGGCCGCGACUGCCUGGCGUCGCUGCUCGUCGUCCUUCAACAAGGAAGUGCGGACGCUCGAAUCGCAUCGGCUAGGAUUUUGGAGUCAAUCGCGGUCAACGCUGAGGCCAAGUUCCUAAUUUCCGAGAAAGACGGCCUGCUAUCCGAAUUGCUGAAAUUGACGGGUCCGGAAAAGGACCCGACCCUGAUCGAGGCGGGUCUUUCGUGCCUAAUCGCGGUGUCGACGCCGAGGAGGGUGAAGGUGAGGCUGGUCCAUUUGGGAGCCGUGAAGUGGCUGUCGAAGCUGCUGGGGGACCCGAACUCGGCGACGUCGACGAUCGAGAAGGUUCUCAAGGUGCUCGAAAUGGCGUCGUCGGUGAAGGAAGGGAGGGCGAAGAUAUGUGAGGACGGGAAGUGCGUGGCGGGAAUCGUGCAGAGGCUACUGAAAGUAUCGGGUGCAGCGAUGGAGCAUGCGGUGACGAUACUGUGGAGCGUGUGCUAUUUGUUCAAGGAACGGGCCGCGCAGGAGGCGGUUGCCAAGGCAAACGGGUUGACCAAGAUCUUGCUGUUGAUGCAGAGCAACUGCUCGCCGGCUGUUCGUCAAAUGUCGGCCGAUUUGCUCAAGAUUUUUCGGGAAUUUGUAGUUCAAGCGGUUAUUCGAUGUCUUAAAUUCGAUUCUACAUCGAUGUCUUAA